CCUUGAGGUGACUGUUUUUGUGAUUUAGUGCUGUAUAAAUAAAAUAGAAUUGAAUUAAAUAUGUCCAUGUGACAAAUGGAGAUGUAUAUGAAUAUCAAAUGAAAUUGUCAUGGUCCCCCAUUGUGUCGACCUGCCAUUUUUCUAGCUUAAGGCUUCUAUCGCUCCUUCUGUGUUUGAUGGGACCACUUCAUAAGGAAAAGGUUGCGGUUCAGUCUUUGCCAGAUUGUUUUAUCCUUUCAGUCAGUGCUUCCUAGUCCUUAGCCUGUGAGUGUCACAAAGGACCAGAGGCCUGUACUAAAACUGGGCUCAAGUGCUGGACCAAGUGAAGAGAUGGUUGAGUUAGAUUUACACAAUCCUUUUUUUGGGGAGUGUGGCAAAUGUUUAGAAUGAACACAGAAUAAAAUCAUGCUUGGCAUGAGGUUCGUGUCUAGGAAAACUAGUGUGGAGGUCUAAGGCAGGGACAGGGCGUCUUAGGCAACGAGAGUGGUUGCACUGAGGAGAAAGAACAAAGGGAGUUUGUGUAUUACAGAACUCCUCCAGGUGUACAUGGAUUUAACUGAGGGGUAAGGCCUACGUUGCAGAUGGACUCAGUGGUGAUUUGAGGAGAGAAGGUGUCGGAGUAGCAAGCAGAGCCAAAGAGUGGAGCCGUGACAAGAGAAUUGAAGCACAAGAGAACAAGGUAGAUAGAUAGAUUUGAGACUGAGGGUUAGUGGGUUAGUUGAUGAACUGGCAGUGACGAGACGGCAACACUGGUUUUAAAUAUCUGUAGCAAAUUGCUCCAGAUUAGCUCCAGGUAAGGUGAAGACAGCUCCGCCCUGGGGCAGGCAGAGGAGAACUUUUCCAGUGGACUUUUCCAGCAGUUCACCUGGACUGUGACAGGGUGAAAAAUAUUAACCUGCUUGCAAUCUUGCAUUCAGGUUUUACUUGGAGGAUCCAAUGACGCACAUCACUAUUUGCAGUUUUUUUCAUUUAGAGCUGUAAAAUACCUCCACAACCGGUUACAACAUGACAACGAACCACAACAGAAAACACAGAGCAACACUUUGUGCUUUGUUAUUUUGGGCAUGCUGGCAGCUUCUUUCAUAUUGGUGCAUUCUGGACUUUCACCUUUCUGCACUCGUCCAUGGCUGAAGAAUUCCAAACUAUUAUUACUGCUAUAGUUUUUAUAUGAUUUAUUUAAAUACGUAAUAUUAACUGACGAUGGCAAAUGCAGCUCCUCGAAUGUCAGCACUAAAUUCAUUUUUCAUCUUAAAUCUGCUUCUGCUGCCUGUUCAUUCCUUGUUUCUGUCACCCACAAGCCUGCAUCUUGAGUGCUGCAGUGCUUUCUAAAGUGUCAUUGGUUGUAAAAUUUGGAGCAGAGGUCUUUCUCUCCACAAAGGGUUGCUUUUUUGUACAUUUCUGUGUAUUUUUCUCUCCUUUUUUCAUCUUUUUGAUCACUGCCUCAUAUUAAAAGUGUAUUUCCUAAUGUACUGCAACCAAAGAAUCUUUUCUCAUAAUAAUGAUGAGGGGGGAAACCACAUAAACUAACACCCUGUAACAGAGGAAGGAGGAGGAGGUUCUAGGUUUAUGUGAGUGAACUGGUAAAAGAAGAGUUAAGUCAGUAUCAACAAAAGACAGAAUGGAGAAAUCAUUUCUUCUGCUUUUUCUGAUCUCACUGCUGAGCUACACCACAAACCAAGCUCUUCUGACUGUGAGUCCCAGCAGCUCUCAGAUGUUUAGGGGAGAGUUUGUUUCUCUGAGCUGUGAGGAGGACGACAGCUCUGCUGGAUGGACUCUGAGGAGAAACACAAGCAGAGAAAUCAGAGCUGAGUGUGAGGAGUGGGGAGCAGCAGCUGAUUCUUCCUGUAACAUUAGCAGUGUCCUCACGUGGGACAGUGGAGUUUACUGGUGUGAGUCCAGAGAGGGUCCCAUCAGUAACAUGGUUAACCUGACAGUCACUGGUGGAUCAGUGAUCCUGCAGAGUCCUGUCCUCCCUGUGAUGGAGGGAGAUGACGUCACUCUGCUCUGCGAAGAAAAGAAUUCCUCCAACCUCACAGCUGCUUUCUAUAAAGAUGGCUCCCUCAUCAGGAAGCAGCCUACAGGUCACAUGACCAUCCAGCAUGUUUCCAGGUCUGAUGAAGGCCUCUACAAGUGUGACAUCAGCGGUCAUGGAGAGUCUCCAUCCAGCUGGAUCACUGUCACAGGUAGGCCUGCAAACACAAUCCUACACCCAUCCUCAGCACCGCCUCCUGACCCCACCUCCCUCAACCUUGUGUUCAGAGUUGUCUGUCACCUGCUGGUGUUCUGUCCAUACUUCAUCUCCACUCUCCUCAUGGUGUCUUUAUAUCGACGCAGAGCCAAAGCAUCCCUGCCGACCCAAGCUGAGCAGAGACAGACUGAGGACUUUCAUAACAUUGUGGAGGUGACCACUGAGCAUCACUUCUGAGUUGCACAAAUUAUGGGCCAAUUGUCUAAGGAGCUUGGAAAGAAAAACAUCUGGACUUCUUCUACGAUGACCUGGAUGACUGAGAACCUUCACAGAACCCCCCCACCCACCCACGCCCCUGACACUUACUAAUGCUCACCCUCCCUCUUGAUCAUAGAGGUGUUGGACUAUGUGAGGAGAUUAUGGUCAGGGUCGGAAUCCUCAUCAACGCGUCCAGUAAGAGUCCCAGACUAGACCCUCCUCUCCCACAUUUACCUAAGACUGAUAUACAAAACACAAUAUACAAACUAACUGAGAAAAGACAAUCAUGUACAGGGUUGUUUGUACACAUGAUAUCAAUCAACAAUCAUUCUAACUGCUUUUUUUAUUUCUAAUUGUGGUUGCUUUACCGUACAAAUUCUCCUUACAAAAAAUGUUCAACAUUAAGGACCUUAUAAAUCUUGUUUAAUAAAUGUGAUAUUUUUCCACAUGGGUCCAUGUCCUUAUUCUCAAAACUUAUUACAAUAUUUUAAUAAGAUUUGUUAAAGU